AUGUUCCAAAGUCCAUAUCCCCCUUACGACCCCAUUGACAAAUCUGGGCAAACGGUGGUGAAACGAUGGCCCGUAAUCAUCACAGGCAUUAUUGAUAGACUCUGUCGAAUAAACCACGACUUGACGUUGGAGAUCCAACAAGCCUUGCAACCUUCAAGCCUGCCCGAUGCUCAAGCCAAGAUCACGGAAAGCAAAGGCAUUAUCGAGCAGAUCAGUAAACUGAAGUACCAUAUGGGCAGGGACCACCCUUUGGAACCACUGGUAGAUGAUACAGACCCUAUGAUCAAGACAUAUAACGAGGAACUGGAGCUUCUGGCUGCGCAAGGCAAGAACACUUGGUUCACAGCGCCAUGGCUGUAUGCAGAUCUGUUCAGCAAGACGCAGCACUGGAGGGAAUUCGAUCCAUUCUUUUCCCAAAAGAUGGAUAUGUUCAAACAAAGCCGAGUGGCAAUCCUCCAGCUGGCCAAAACAAUGAAAGAGCUCGAGGUGGAUCAUGAUAUGAUCCAGACAGAUCCAUCAAAACUUGCUGUCCUAUUCAAAGAAAUGAUCCAGAUGUGUCUGUGCUUGUUUUCUCAGGAUUUGUCACUGCUCACUCAUCUGACGCAGUCGGAUAUCGAGCAUUUACAAACCGUAGGAAAGGACGCCCAAACAGCGCGCAAGGAAUUCAUUCUCCGAGAUGACCAAGAGGCGGCAUGGAAACAUCUUGAGACUCUACAUAACAGCCGAAUAGAUUUCGUCCUAGACAACGCCGGAUUCGAGGUGAGGCGUCCAACAGACAACCGCAAUGCACAUGUUUAUCUUCCUACACACAGCUCUUCACAGAUUUUGUGUUCGCUGACUUCUUGGUCUCGCACACGCCUUUCGUUUCAUCAGUCGUCUUUCAGUAUGUCCAACCCUCCCGACUCAUACAGCAACUUGUCUAAUAGUAACCACUCCAGCCCGAAAUUAAUCCCGUGGUUUGUCUCGGACGUCACACCUCCCGACUUUUCCGUAACUAUAUCCUCAUUACUGGAUCCUUCCUUCUUCCCACCUCCCACAGCCGACGAGACCGUCGAUCCAUCGCUCUACAGCGACCUCUUCCACAUGGUCUCCCGGUGGCAGAAAUACGUAGAUGACGGGACAUUCAAGCUUUCUGUUCCCUUGAACACCCCUCUAGGAGCGUUUCGACUUGAUAGCACUGACUCCAACUUGGCCAAUUUCUGGACCUCGCCGUACCCAUAUUGGGAUAUGGAGAGUCGGGCACCAUUGCUCUGGAAAUCUCUGUCAGAGAGUGGACUGGUGAUAUUUAAGGUACGACCAGGAACAGAAGACCUAUCUACUUUCAUUAAUCCUAUCGCAAGUAGGUUCAUCCUCGUAUCUUACCGCCAAGCCGCCGUUUUAUAUAGGGCUUCUGGUAGGCUUACUGGAGAUGUCAAGUGGCCUGCUUGGACGCCAUUCAAUCAAGCGGUUGGCCCUCUUGCUGGGUCAUUUCCGCUGCUCAGCCUGAGAACCAACAAAGCAGACGUUGUAGUUGGCGUGGACAAGGACAUCGCGCAGCGCUUAGAUCAGUCAGACGAGAAAUGGAGAGUGAAUGGACGGUGUGUUUCCUUUCUGCCAAACGAAGGCAAUGCUAAGCUCAGAUAG